CGGGCGGAGGAGAAGGAGGAGAAGCAGCGAGCGGUAAACCGCGGAGAUGGUGGUGGAGGUGGUCGAAGGUAGAAGACGGAAGAAGCGAGAAGCACUGGAGUUGUUGUGCCGAUGCAUUCGGUCGCUGACAGACGUCAAACUCGAUCCUCAGGAUCUUAUAUCGGCCAAGGACGACAUCGUGGACGAGCAAGUCAAAUGCAAGCUGCAGGAUACGCUGUCAAUUUUAAGCGAUUACGCUGUGAGACUGAAAGGGUACAGCGUAAAUGCCAUGAACGACAACUAUCUCGGCUAUAAGUUGAAAUUUGCAGUCUUGCAAUACCCAGCGUUAGACUUUUACUUUCCACGAGUCGACGGAGGAACCAGAAUCUUAUUGAUAGCUUUAAGUUGGCUAUUGGCGACCGAGGAUGUCCUGACUUUGGUUCAUCGAAUGAAACUCAUCAAAAAUAAAACUCAGACCGACAAUUUGGGCGAAGUUUUAGAAACGAAGAGCCGCGAGCCUUUAGCGAUAUCCGCCGAGUUCGAUAAAAUUUCGCAGCUCAACGGCAAGGUGAACACGAACCUCAAGGAGAUCUCCGAAUUGAAACGGGAGUGGAGUAGAUUGGCGUCCAAGAUAAGCGAGGUGAGCGAGGAACACUGUGGUGGACGUCAAUUUGCCGCGUACCAAGAUCUCCCGGAUUUCAGAGCGUGCGAGAUAGCGUUGACGAAACGCGUAGCGUUUCUGGAUGAUUCCACGCAGGAUCGGGAGAAACUGCGAGAAUUUAACGACGCGCAGAAGCUACUUGAGAUUCACGCUAAAUGGCUGGGAAUGGAACACGUAUUCUUCGAUUGGAUGGUGAAUCACGGAGAAACGGAUUUAAUUCGCAUUUUCCGGGAAAAAAGUUUAUAUAUAAUCAUAUAAAAUUACAUAUAAUUAUA